UAUAUGAAUUUAUAAGAGAUGCAAAUAAAAAAGAAUUUACGUACGUAAAAAAAUUCAGUGCGAAAAGAAGUGCAGAAAUCUCAACCGUAAAACUAAGUAAAUCAUAUAUUAAUUAACGAGCAUUACUCUAAAUCAAACAUGGAACAUACCUACUGUUAAGAAUUCAAAAUUCAAAAGUCAAGUUUAUCUCACAUACAAAAUAAAGAAGGUUAUUUCUGCAAAGCUUUCAUACGAUUGCCAAGGUUAAGUGCUUAACUGUGAAGUGUUCUUGCUGCUGCUACAAACUGUUUAGCCGUUUUUUAUGGCUUGAAUAAAAUAUCCAGCAGUGCCGAAUAACUCUAAAGUGAAAUGUCAACAUCAACAAGCAAACGAAGAGUGAAGAAAACACUUCCAGACACCAAAACAACCAAAGUCACUUAAAACUUUGCCUGCAGACAAACAAAUCCUGCUGAAAGGUGAAAGGCAGCAAAUUAAAAAUGAAACAAAAAAAUCAGUAAAAAAUAAAAUAAAAAUCAACUUCAAAGCAAAAUAGUAAUUGACCUAGAACCCGCCAUGUGCAGAAACAACAACAAAAUAUAUAUUAAACCAAUAACACUAACAACAAUCAUCAACUGUGUUGACAACGUAAAUCAUGUCGGACCAAAAGCAAAAUCGAAAUUCAUCAAAAGACAAGCAACGCCCAUUUAAUAAGCGCAAAAGUCAAACAUAUUAAAAAAAUAAACCAAAAAAAACGCAUACCUACACACACACAUACAUACACAUAAAGUAGAAUAUUAAAAUGCUCGACCCACAGAUGCUGACGACAACCACAACACUGUCGCCGGUGUCGGUGACAGCGACGUCUCUAAGUGAAAUUGAGAGCCUAGUGCCGGACAGUGGUGGCGUUUUCACUGAAUUCCAAAGUGGCAGUGGUGAUGGUGGUGUAGUCGCUGGUGUCAUUUCCAGCGGCAUGAAUACUCAUACUAUUUUUGGCAGCUUAACUGAGCACCUACUUGAUAAUUAUUCACAGCUUAUUGCACCAACAACGCUUAUGGAUUGGUGCAAUCAAUCGUUGCUACUUUAUAGUCACAAUAAUUGUACUAGCGCGAGUAGCGAUGGAGGCGUUAACGGUACAUUGACCGACGCUGACAUUUCAUUCAAUCUGCCAUGGUGGCGCCUUGUGCUGUGGAACGUCCUCUUCGUUGGCAUGGUUGUGGUGGCGACGGGUGGCAAUUUAAUUGUCGUUUGGAUUGUUAUGACAACGAAAAGAAUGCGAACCGUAACCAAUUACUUCAUAGUGAAUCUCUCGAUAGCGGACGCCAUGGUCUCCAGUCUCAAUGUCACAUUUAGUUAUAUUUACAUGCUGGACAACGAUUGGCCUUUCGGUGAGCUCUACUGUAAAAUAUCGCAAUUUAUAGCGACGUUGAGCAUAAGUGCUUCGGUGUUUACACUAAUGGCGAUAUCUAUCGACAGAUAUAUUGCCAUUAUGAAACCGCUGGAACCGCGUAUGAGCAAACGCUGCAAUCUCGGUAUUGCUGCAUUCAUUUGGGCUGUCUCUGUUACCAUAUCAUGCCCCAUGCUACUCUUCUUCACCACGGGCGAACUGGAGGUGAAGGAUGGCACACGUAUUGUGUGCUACACAGAAUGGCCGGACGGUCCAACGAAUCAUUCAGAACAGGAAUAUGUUUAUAAUAUCGUUUUUAUGAUACUCACGUACAUACUGCCCAUCAUUUCGAUGACAGUCACUUACUCACGUGUCGGCAUUGAACUUUGGGGCUCAAAAGCAAUUGGCGAAUACACACCACGGCAGGUGGAGAAUGUGAAGAGUAAGCGAAGGGUCGUUAAAAUGAUGAUUGUUGUUGUGUUGAUAUUUGCCAUUUGUUGGCUACCAUUUCACGCAUACUUCAUUAUCACAGCCUGCUAUCCAGCAUUAACAGAGACGCCUUUCAUUCAGGAAGUCUAUUUGGGCAUCUAUUGGCUGGCCAUGAGUAACUCCAUGUAUAAUCCAAUUAUUUAUUGUUGGAUGAACUCGAGAUUUCGUUAUGGCUUCAAACGUUUCUUCCGCUGUUGUCCAUUUGUCAAAUUGGGUGCCGAAGCUCUAAAUCGACGCGAUAACAUGACAUCGCGCUAUUCGUGUUCCGGUUCGCCAGAUCAUAAUCGUAUCAAGAGAAAUGAUACUCAGCGUUCAUUUUUGUAUACAUGCCCAAGUUCGCCGAAAAAUCGUCGAGUGGCAUCACACUAUGGUAUGUUACGUAAUUCCACAAUAGUAUCCCAUCGAGAUACAAUGCGACACUCGGCGCCAAUUGGCACCAACAAUCCAAGCGCAUAUCAUCAACGCUAUAGCAUUAGCAACAGUCACGAACUAACAACGUUGACUUCGUUAAGCUCCACGCCGGGUAUGGUGAGUCAAUAUGGAUUUGUAAUGAAAGCUGAGCCCAUCAAAGUGCCCCUACGAAAUGGUAGCGCACAGCAAGUUGCCAUGCCUCCCUUGCAAUUGUGGCCAACGACAACUGAGAGAGCCGACAACAAAGACGCGUCUGCGACUUCCACGCUGCCGCUAACGCCGCCGCCACCACCACCACCGCCGCCGCCGCCGCUAGCGCUACUGGGCACUGUCGGUGUUGUUGACAGUAAUGGUGUUGCUGGUGGUGCUGUCCCUGUGGGUGGCGUUAUUAGUGUGAUGGAUACGCAAAAUGUGCGUGCCAUAUCCUGACAAUGUGAUCGCACACGCAGCAGCAGUAACAAUAGCAACAACACUAACAAUAGUGCCACUGUGGUGGAAGAACGUGAGUUGGUCGGUAGUGGUUUGAAUAUAGUUGGGGAAUAUAAAACUGUUAACGGUAGUACAAAAUCGUAUGCUAUGAGUAUAUGCAAUAGUAAUGGGAAUAAUAAUAAUAACAACAACAACAACCACCACCGUGCAAAGGAUCCUAUGGGAUGUAGGGGCACAUUAGGCUCAACAACAACAGCAGCAUCCACUACAAAGGCUGCAGCAACAACAGCGACAACCACAAGAAAAACUUCAUUGUCGUCCAACACAUCGCGUGCCAUUUUUGUCACGGCGUCAACGGACGACAAGACUUGGCUGUAAAGACUGUGUACAUAUGACAUACACAUACACACGUAUAGUAGAUAAUUCGUUAGGCAGACCUACUAAGCACAGUGAAUAACCAAAAGUAAAUGUACUCAUGAUAUGCUCGAUGAAGUUGCGCUGCGAGGCACUGCUGGUGAUGAGCCCGAAAUUCAUGCACAAGUGAUAGAUGACGUUCCAAACCCACAAGUUGUUUAAAUUUAAGGCAUCUUGAGAGUUUUAGGUAUUAAAAAAUUCAAAAAAAAAAAAUGAAACGUGGCAGAGAAAGUUGGUCUCACUACAAACUGCAACUCUAAUGUGAUAAAUGAGGGUUAGGCUGCUUAUGGGGACCAUUUGCGUUUUAUUCAUUUUAAGGGUGUUGUAGCCUACUACGAGGCUAAAUGAAGAAACAAACCAAUUAGUACAGACAACCGCACUAAGAGAUUUUAAAAAUACAUAUAUGUGUGUAAUUUUCAUAAGUUUAGUUAAAUCCAUGUUUCAAUUCAUAGUUAGAAUUAAUAUAAGAUAAUUAUAGAUUAGAUUAUAAUUUAUAAGUUUUAAAUGAGUUUGUAUCUUAAAGCGUUUCCCGAUCAGAAGUAUUAUAUUUAACAGCCUCAUAUUCCGGUAGAAAUCACUUUUGAAGCUGUAUUUAUUCGAUAUUCGCUAAAAAUUAUUAAGACCCGGCAGAGAUGGUUCGUAAAGAUAAAACAUUUUUCAGUCGUCGUGAAGCACCUUUUGGGACUGAUAUAAAGAAAUUGGUGAUAAAAUGGAGCUGUUGGCUCUUCUACGAUGCCCCUAGUUCCACCCUAUCAGCGGUGGGUACACAUGGUUGAAAGAAAACUAAACAAUGUAUAAAAUCGAGCGAGCUCUUCGCUAACGCUUUGUUGAAUUGCACGGGGGCACAAAAAUCCUUUAAUCAACCAUCCAAGUUAUCAGCAGCAAUUAGUAAUUUCAAAUUGCACACAUGACUUCAUGGUGGGAGCAGCGCUCAUAAGUACACUCCUCCAUAAUACACUCCUCAAUCAAGGCGUGCGAUGGACUAAGCUCAACAUGAAUCUGACACCAAAUAUCCACUUUUUUAUCAGGCAUCUCUGACGUACAGAGGGCACCAUGUUACAGAUUAUUUUUGUUCGAAAAAUGAUUGCUAUCUCGAAGACCUUUCCCACUUCUUCAUUGUAAGACAACUACAUCUAAAACCCUCGAUAUUCCCUGCUUGCCUCUUGAUGCCUCAAAAUUUCCGACUAUUAGCAACCUGAAGUUACUCGGAGUCACAUUCGAUAGCCUUUACUCCUUUACUUCGCAUACGAUUACAUUUGCCAUGUAAUGCUGAAGUAUUUCAUAGCCACCCUCAGGGUGGUGACAGAAAACCUCUUGAUAUCGCCAGAGCAUCGCUUGCAUAGCGAAGCGUCUUUACUACGCAUAACGCCUUAAUGCCCAAUCAUUUCUACUGGGUUGCUACCUUAGAGACAAAACAGCUUGCCGAUGGGCAUUAAAUGUUGUUCGCCGAGUGUUCCGCCAACAUCUUCCUGAACUCUCUUCCACUUAAUGACAUUCUCGGAGUGAAACUACCACACAUGACUGACUAAGGAGUUCCGCGUAAUACUGACACAAUUAAGAUUCGGAUAUUGUAGUAAACAAAACUCAUACCUAUCCAGACAUGACCCUGUUAUACCCAACGUAUGUCUUGCCAACAGAGCGCACCAAAGACACUAUUGCUGCUGUGGAGGAGAAUAUCGAAAAAGAGCCGCAUUACUUCAUUCGCCCUUAACGAAUGACAUUAGAGCUGCUCCCAUUCACUUUAUGGACAAUUUUUCAAAAAGAUCUUGGCUUGUGCGCUCACAUAUUGUGGUGCGUCUGUGGCGUGGCCUAUAAAAUCGUAAGACUCGACUCAUUUUUGUGAGGUUAUGUGAAGUCGCUUGUCUACACAGUUAAGCUCGAGAUGAUUUACGCCCUGGAAUAGAAGAAUCACCACGUUAUUGCUCAAUUUUGGCAAAAAAUUUUCGAAAAUGGAACCUCUCGCAUGGAGUUAAUUCGAGGCAGCGGUCACUUGCCACUAUUAUAAUGGCAAACCUUUAUCCUUAUACCGAAGCUAAACUCUUGGCCAUAACUUCAAAUGAUAUGCUUUUUAUUUUUGCUUGAAAGUCACAUGACUAAACUUCAAAAUUAUUUAAAAAAAAUUAUUAAAAAAAAAUUUAAAAAAUUAUUAUUAUAAUAAUCGAAUCGAACAGAAUCGAAUCUCUAGUUGGGGGACGAAUACUAUAGAGGUCUCUCUCGCAUAAUAUAUUCAACUAAGUUAAACAAAGAUAAUGUCGAAAGUCUUAAAAUUUAAGUAUAUAAAUUUAAUUGUAUAUAGAAUGUGUUUAAAUUGUAAAUAAAUA